CUGCCCCUGGGCGCCCCUGAAGGUCAAGUCUGGCCGCCCUCGCCUGGACCCUCCUCGCCCCGGGGCGGCCGCCCUUCCGAGGGUGGCUCACGGGCGCGUGGCCUUCAGCCACGUGCAGCCUCCAUGGCGGCCUCGCAGGGUCCGGGGGAGAAGAUUAGCAUCCAGGCCGGAGAGACAGCCCAGGCCGGGGACGGGGACCCGCUGGGAAGCGACUGUCCAGAGCCAGACUGGCCGCCCCCGCGCUCCUGGAGACAGAAGUGCGCCUCCUACGUGCUCGCCCUGAGGCCCUGGAGUUUUAGUGCUUCGCUCACCCCGGUGGCCCUGGGCAGUGCCCUGGCCUACAGAUUCCAGGGUGUCCUGGACCCCAGGCUGUUGGUGGGUUGUGCCGUGGCUGUCCUGGCUGUGCACGGGGCUGGCAAUUUGGUCAACACGUACUAUGACUUUUCCAAGGGCAUUGACCACAAAAAGAGCGAUGACAGGACCCUGGUGGACAGAAUCUUGGAGCCCCAGGAUGUCGUGCGGUUUGGCGUCUUCCUGUACACCUUGGGCUGUGUCUGUGCCGCUUGCCUCUACUACCUGUCCCCUCUGAAGUUGGAGCAUUUGGCUCUCAUCUACUUUGGAGGCCUGUCGAGCUCCUUUCUCUACACAGGAGGAAUUGGAUUCAAGUACGUGGCUCUGGGAGACCUCGUCAUCCUCAUCACCUUCGGCCCGCUGGCUGUGAUGUUCGCCUACGCGGUCCAGGUGGGGUCCCUGGCCGUCUUCCCGCUGGUCUACGCCAUCCCCCUGGCCCUCAGCACCGAGGCCAUCCUCCACUGCAACAACACCAGGGACAUGGAGUCGGACCGGGAGGCCGGCAUCGUCACGCUCGCCAUCCUCAUCGGCCCCACCCUCUCCUACAUGCUCUACAACACGCUGCUCUUCCUGCCCUACCUGAUCUUCAGCAUCCUGGCCACGCGCUGCAGCAUCAGCCUGGCGCUGCCCCUGCUCACCAUUCCCAUGGCCUUUUCCCUGGAGAGGCAGUUCCGGAGCCAGACUUUCAGCAAACUGCCCCAGAAGACCGCCAAACUCAACCUCCUGCUGGGGCUUUUCUACGUCUUUGGCAUCAUCCUGGCCCCGGCGGGCAGUCUGCCCAGGCUCUGAGGGACCAGUGGCCGCCCCGCACCUGUUCCCCUUCCUCAGAACGUGCUGAAGGCAGCGUUUCUGAGGAAGGCCGGGGACUGGCGGGGGGGAGGGAGCUCAGGAUGGCGUGUGAAUACCCACCUUUAAAAAUUCUUGUGAUUGUAAAGAU